UUUAUGACAGUUCAAGUCAUAAUUCAGUCUCGAGAGGAGCCAAUCUUCAAAGUAGUUCCAAAAUGAAGCACCAACAAGUUACGGUGGACUAUUGGACCAUGUUUAAGACAUCAGGGAUGUGCCUGCUACUGGCUGUAUGCGGAUUUGUACUCCUUAAAAUGGUGCAAACCAUUUUCUGGUUACCCGGACAUCUGAAGAAGAACCAAAAGCGUCUUGAGGAACUGGCCAAACUCUAUGCCAAGGAUAUUGGCGAUGAUGAACGGGCCGAGAUAGAAAAACUCUUCAAUAGUGACGAGCCCAUGACAGAAGAACGAAUUAACAAGUUGUUGGACAAACCGGAAACCACAGAGCCCAAAAAGGAGCAAUAGUUUAAAUAAAUAGAUUUUUCACAUACUUUAUAUAUAUAUAUAUAUAUGUAUUUUUAUGUAUAUUGAGUGUAUAAUCGAUAAUUUGUUGAUA